GACCAGUUAACCCUUUUUACACACCGACUCCAUCAUGGUUUUUGAAAGGCAAGUGGAGUUGGGCCGCGUUGCCUUCAUUGCUCAUGGACCGGACAAGGGAAAACUUUGUACUAUUGUCAACGUCAUUGACCAGAACCGAGCUCUUGUAGAUGGACCAUGCACUAACGUGCACCGUAAAGACAUCAACUUCAAGGCUCUGCACCUGACCCAGUUCACACUGAGACUUGGGCCAGGGUCACGCACGAGGACCGUGAAGAAAGCCUGGGACAAGAACCAGAUCAGUGAGAAGUGGGCGCAGACCACAUGGGCCAAGAAGAUAGAAAACAAAAACAAGAAGGCUGCCAUGACAGACUUCGAUCGUUUCAAGCUGAUGAAAGCUAAACAAGCGAGAAACCGUAUGAUUAACAUUGAGUAUGGGAAGCUGAGAAAAACGGCAAGGAAAAACCCUCCAAAGCCAAAAACAAAGAAGCUUGCCAAGAAAGCAGGAAAAUCUGCGAAACCAGAGAAAUCACAAAAAUCUGCGAAACCAGAGAAAUCGCAGAAAUCUAAGAAACAGGAGAAAUCUGAAAAAAAAUCGAAGAAAUAAAUGUGAUUGACAUUGGUUGCUAUGUAAUAAAGUGCUCCAAUUCGGAA